UGUGUGUGUGUGUGUGUGUGUGUGUGCGUGAGUGUGUGUGUAUGUGUGUGUGUGUGUGUGAGAGAGCCUGCAUGGCUGUCUGUGUCACUCUAUUUCUGACUAGUGCUGUUGCCUUCUCAGUGUGUGUCUGAGACAGUGAAGCUGUGUGCCGUGUUGUUGGCCCCACUGGUUAACUGGAAUUUAACAGAAAGUGCAAGCUGAAGGUGGAAUUACUACACCACUUAGAAGUUAAGCCAUUUCAAGGUCCACUGUGUCACUGUUUCUGUUUGUUGUUCGGCGUCUUCUUCACCUCCACACAUCUGGCUGACCUCUCUCUUCACCUGACCUUUCACCCCCCCUCCCUCCACAGUCGGUUGCCAUGGCACUAUCCUCACGCUUAAAACUAUGGGAAGAAAAGAUCAAGGAGAAGAACGAGCCUGUGCCGGCCCAGCUCCCCCCUCCACCCUCAGUGGUCCCGGGAGGCUUCCUGAAGCAGCUGGUGAGAGAGACUGAGAAGGAGCACAAGCAGAAAGAGCCAGAAAGCAAAGAGGAGAGGACGCAGCCCAGCAAGCUGAGCGACAAGCUGGUCCAGCAGUUCCUGACGCCGGACGAGACGUCACCCAUCCUGGAGGCCGAGAUGGCUCUACGCGCCGAGCAGUUCCUCAACGGGGAGAACAGCGGCCACACAUCUCCGCUCAUGUCCGAGAAGAACACCUUGUCGCCCCGGACGAUGUUGUCGCCCGCCACGUCCAAACCCACGUCGCCCGAAACCACCUCGCCGAAGCCAGGGGCCACGCCGGGGUCAGGGAAGUGCUCGGACUCGGAGAAGAACCGAACGCCAGAGCCGGCCAAACAACAGCGGGAGGAGAAAAAGCAGAGGGCAGAGGAGAAGAAAGCGGAGGUGAAACAGAGAGAGGAACAACAACAGAAGAAACAAAGAGAGGAACAAAAGCAGAAGACAGAGGAGAAGAAAGCGGAGGUGAAACAAAGAGAGGAACAAAAGCAGAAGACAGAGGAGAAAGAGAAAGAGGAGAAGAAAGUGGGGAUGAAGGAUGAGAGGCAGGAGCCAGAGGGACGCCAAGCAGGGAGCAUCGGCACAGAGGAGCCCAAGAAACCAGAACCACCGCAGAGGGAUGUGUGGUAUGAGGCUGGGACUGUGUGGCUAGCACAGAAAGACGGCUUUGCACUUGCAACACACCUGAAGCCCGAUGAGGGAACACCAGAGCUUCCUGACGGGAAAGUGAGGGUGCGGCUGGUGACGGACGGCACAGUUCACGAUGUCGCACAGUACGACAUAGAGAAGUUGAACCCGGCAGAGCAGGACUUGUGUGAAGACUUGAGUGAGCUGCAGAGUGUAAACGAGUGUGGGGUUCUCCACACGCUGACCAGCCGAGCCAAGGCCCAACUUCCCCUCACCCGCGCCGGACCCAACCUGCUGACCCUCUGGCCUCCAGUACCACCACCAGGAAAGAGUCACCGUGCGCGGCGCUGGGAUGGGGUGUGGGAUGCCCCUGUACCGCUGAAGGCGCAGGUGAGGCAGGUGUACGUGGCGAUGGUGGGCACACGGAAGGACCAGAGCGUGGUGCCGAUGGGCCGCAGUGGCACGGGCAAGACCACCGCAUGCCAGUCCUUCUGCCAGGAGCUGCUCAAGCAGGCAGGCACCGCUGGAGACAGCCUGACAUUGGAGAGGCUACAGGCUGUAUUUACAGUGCUACGCUCCUUUGGCUGUGUGAGCUCCCCACACAGUGACGCUUCGUCCCGCUUUGCCAUGGUGCUCUCUCUGGACUUCAACCACGCAGGACAGGCUGCAGCAGGACAUGUACAGACUCUGAUGAUGGAGAAGUGGAGAGUGUGUCAGAAACUGGAAGGCGAGAGCAACUUCCUGGUUUUCUCUCAGAUGCUGGUUGGCCUGAGCUUAGAGAUGAGGACUGAGCUGCAGCUCCAUCAGCUGGGUGAACCCAACUCCUUCGGCAUCACCGCUCCAACCAAGGUGGAGGAGAAGCAGAGGGCGACAGUGGGCUUUGGAAGGCUGCUGGCUGCCAUGGAUAUGCUGGGCUUCACAGCGAAUGAGCAGCGAGCGAUUUGGCACGUGCUGGCUGGAAUAUACCACCUAGGGGCGGCAGGGGCCUGCAGAGUGGGCCGUAAGCAGUUCAUGAGCUUUGACAGUGCCCAGGUGGCCAGUGCAGUGCUGGGUUGUGAUGGGGAGGAUCUGCACACGGCCGUCUUUAAGCACCACCUCCGCCAGCUACUACAGAGGGCCACAGGGGGCGCCAGAGAGAGACACGCCAUGCCAGAUGAGCAGGAGGAUGGCCAUAAGCUGAGCGCUACUCAGUGUGUGGAGGGAAUGGCCUCAGGUCUCUAUGAGGAGCUCUUCACCACCGUGGUCUCUCUGAUCAACAGGGCUCUUUGCUCCCAGCAGCUGACCCUGGCCUCAGUGAUGGUGGUGGACACACCGGGCUUGAGGAACCCGCGCCACAGCGGCGAGGAGAGGGCAGCCGGCUUCUCCGAGCUCUGCCACAACUACCUGCAGGAGAGGCUGCUGGAGCACCACUUCACACACACCUUCACACACACUCUGGACAGGUACUCUCAGGAGAAAGUUCCGGUAGAUUUCGUCGCCCCGGAGACGAGCCCAGCCGAGGUAGUGUCAGCUAUCGAUCUGCCUGCCAUCCAGAUGCGGGCGGCUGAUGGGGUUCCUCGCGGGCUUCUGUGGCUGCUGGACGAGGAACUGGUCACCCCGGGGUCCAGCGAGAACGUGGUGCUGCAGCGGGUCACCAAGUACUUCAGCGACACAGUGCGUGAGUGUGAGCAGCCUCUUCAGUGUGAGAUAGCCCAUCAGCUUGGUGCUGACCCAGUCCGAUACGACCUGACUGGCUGGUUUGGACUUCUCCAGAACAACCCCUCUGCCCUCAACGCUGUGUCUCUGCUGCAGACCUCAACCGUGUCGGUGGUGAAGUCUCUGUUCUCAGCGCGAGCCUCUGUGCCCCCCCUGUGUCGUGGUCUGGGGGGGGUCGAGGGGGGGUCACAGCGCUCUCUGGAGCGCAGCGGAGCCGUCAGGAAGACCUUCAGUGCUGGCUUGGCCGCCAUCAGGAGGCACUCGCACAGCAUCUCAGUUAAACUACAGGCGGAUGCUCUGGUGAAUCUGAUUCGUCGAGCUCGUCCAACAUUCCUGCAGUGUAUCAGUGCCAAAUCAGACGCAGGAGGAUAUGAUGUCCCAGCCCUCCGCACCCAGCUACGCUCCACAAACACUUUGCAGGCUCUGCAGUUAUACCGCACAGGUUACCCAGAGCACAUGUUUCUGAGUGAUUUCCGCUGCCGUUUCCAGGCGCUGUCUCCCCCGGUGAUGAAACGCUAUGGCUCCGUCUUCAUCACUCCUGACGAGAAAAAGGCAGUGGAGGAGCUUCUGGUAGAGCUGGAUCUGGAGAGAAAGAGCACCGUGCUGGCAGUGACCAGGGUGUUUAUGAAGAGGGGUAUGCUGCAGUACCUGGAGCAGCAGAGGGAUCAGCUCCUGAGUAAUUGGCUGGUGCAGCUACAGGCCUCCUGUGCGGGCCACCAGGCCCGUCAGCGCUACCGACGCCUGAAGGUUCAGCAGAUGGCUGUGAGAUGUCUGCAGAGGAAUAUUCGUGCCCUGACAGCUGUGUCCAGCUGGAGCUGGUGGAAACUGCUCUGCAGAGCGCGCCCACUACUGGACGUCAACAUAGAUGACCAGAAGUUCCGUGCCAAAGAGGAUGAGAUUUCUGCUCUGCGAAGACGUCUGGAGAAGUCAGAGAAGGAGAGGAAUGAGCUGAGACAGACCGCAGGCAGCUUAGAGACAAAGGUGUCGGCCAUCUCGUCUGACCUGAGUGAUGAGCGCUUUAGAGGAGAGGCGGUGAGCCAGGCUCUAGAUGUGGAGAGGGCUGAGAGACUACGACUGAGCAAAGAGAACAAGGAGCUACAGGCACGUCUGGAUCAGUGUAAAGUUUCCAUUGAGGCUCUAGAAAAACAGCUGGAGGAGGAAACACAGAAAGCCCUGAGCCAGGAGAAAGCAAGUGUCCCUGGAACAGAAAGUGAGAUGCGGUUGCAGCUGGAGUGUGCCCAGACCGAGGUGGAGUUUCUGCGCAAACGACUCAAGCAGUCGGAAGAGAGAAUGGACUCAGAGAGACAGAGCAAGGAAUUACUGGACACUAAGGUGCUGGAGCUGCAGGCUCAGCUGGAGCAGUCCAAGCGCUCACUCACAGAGCUGAAGCGACACUGUCGCCGCGUGACCUCCGACCUCCAGGAUGCACGCGUGCUCACCGACAGCCUGCAGGGACGCACACACGAGCUGGAGAGGAAACAGAGGAGGUUUGACAGUGAGCUAACCCAGGUUCUGGAGGAGGCUGAGAGAGAGCGUGAGCAGAAGGAGAAGGCGGUGCAGGAGAGUAUGGCCCUGGGGGCGGACAUCUUCACGCUCCGACACUCCCUCAAGGAGAGCCAGGCGGAGGUGAGCCGUCUCCAGCAGCAGAAAGAGGAGUUGUGUGCUCAGAUCCGUGACCUGAGCGUGCCGGCGGACGUCACCAGCGACUCCAUCCCUGAGCUCAAGAAGCAACUGAGGGAGCUCCAGGCCCACGAAACUGACAAAGCCCAGGAGAUCAGCACCCUCACAGGGAAAAUACAACAUCAUGAACAGAUGCAUGUGCGCUUUGAGAUGGAGGUGGAGAGAAUGAAACAGAUCCACCUGAAGGAGCUGGAGGACAAAGAGGAGGAGCUUGAAGACGUCCAGAAGUCCUCGCAAAGAAGGCUCAGGCAGCUGGAGAUGCAGUUGGAGCAGGAGUAUGAAGAGAAGCAGAUGGUCGUCCAUGAGAAGCAUGACCUGGAGGGACUCAUCGCCACACUGUGUGACCAGAUGGGCCACAGAGACUUUGAUGUGGAGAAGCGUUUACGUCGGGAUCUGAAGCGCACUCAUGCCCUCCUGAGCGACGCUCAGCUGCUGAUGUCCACCAUCGACGCCCCGAGGACGGCCGUCACCCCUGGCAACAGGGAGGAGUUUGAGCGCUUGCAUUUCCAGCUGGAGGAGAGCGAGGCUCGGCGUCUGGAGGCUGAGAGUGUACAGAAGACGCUGGCCAUGGAGCUGGAUAACACCCAGCUGGAGCUGGACAACAUCUACAAACACAAGAGUCUGGUGGAUGAGCAGUUGUCUCAGCUGCAGUAUGAAAAGACGGAUUUGCUCAAGAGGCUAGAGGAAGACCAGGAAGACCUAAACGAACUCAUGAAGAAACACAAGGCGCUUAUUGCACAAUCUUCCAGUGACAUCACUCAGAUCAGAGAACUGCAGGCUGAUCUGGAGGAGGUCAAGAAGGAGAGACAGAGUCUACAUGAGGAGCUGCAGCAGAAUGUGACACGGGUGCAGUUCCUGGAGUCGUCCACCGUGGCUCGCAGCAUCGUAAGCAAGCAGGAGGCCAGGGUGUGUGACCUGGAGAAUAAACUGGAGUUCCAGCGAGGCCAGGUCAAGAGGUUUGAGGUGCUGGUGCUGCGUCUGCGGGACAGCGUGGUGCGGAUGGGUGAGGAGCUGGAGCAGGCUGCGGAGGCGGAGGCCAGGGAGAGGGAGAACUCCCAGUACUACCAGCAGAGGCUCCGCGACAUGAAGCUGGAGAUGGAGGACCUGCUGCUGAGGGACCAGGACAGCAGCCGCCGACGCAUGGAGCUGGAGAUGCAGGUGGAAGAGCUGACUGCAGUCAGACAGACAUUACAAGCCGAUCUGGAGACAUCCAUCCGCCGCAUUGUGGAUCUGCAGGCUGCCCUGGAGGAGGUGGAGUCCAGCGAUGAGAGUGACAGUGAAAGUGUUCAGACGGCUGUGGAGUCCUUCACGCGAAAGCGAGACCUUGACACCUUGUCCAGUGCGGGAUCCCUGGGCGCGGAGGAUGUGGGAGAGGGCAUCCGUGGCUGGUUAGGCGUUCCGCGGGGUCGAAGGUCGAGCUCCCCCUACGGCAGUGGCAGCACCAGCACCAGCACCACAGGACGCCAGUCUGUUACAGACACCAUGAGCACCUAUAGCUUCCGGUCUUGUACUCAGGACCUAGAGGAUGAGUCUUCGGAGCGGGGCAGUGGCAGCUCUGCGGGGGGUCUGGGUCGGGCCUCCUCGUCCUCUGCGCUGUCCGAGCUCCUGGAGGGCAUGCGUAAGAAGCGCGCCAGCUGGCAUAAUGGCUCUGAGGCCGGUGAGGGCAGCACCGUGUCCCUGCCCAUCUACCAGACUACCGGAGCCUCCACACUCCGCCGCCGGCCCUCUGCACUCUCUCUUGGACCGGACGACAUCACAGACGAAUCCCUGGAUGCCACUGCUGGAACCCUCGCGACCCCUCGGCUGGGUAUCCUGAAACCCCCCAGCCCCCGCCUGUCCCGGGCCUCCAGCCUGCGCUCUCUGGGUGAUCAGGGUCCUGCCACCUCUAGCGCAGGAGCGCCCACUAGUGGCAGUGAUGGUGCAGGGAAGCUGAGCAGCUACAGCUCCUGUGACUCCCUGGCCUCAGUCACCGCCACGUCCUCAGCAGCGGGAGGUCGGAGGCCGCUAGCCGCCCUCGCCAUCCCUGAGGAGAGUGAGGAGGAGGGACGGCUCAAGCCCAUCCUGGCAGGCACCACUUUCCAGCCAAUCAGACGGCGUCUGCUGGGCGGGCUGGUGUCAGAGGGCGGGGAAGAACAGCUGGGGGCGGAGUCACUAGUGUUCCAGAACCGUCGACUGGUGGGCGACCUUGAGCCGGAGAAAGGCAGAGGGUUCCUACGUACCACAGACACCGGCGACGCCGCAUUAGACAUCCUCCCUGCCAUCCGGCGUGCCCAGUCCACCAGCAGCCUGGCAGGCAGCUCGCUGCGUGGGGGCAACCGCCGCUCCCUCAGCGUGCACUUCGGCGAACUGCCCCCUUCCUCCCGCGCGUCCCGCCGCAGCUCCUCAGACUCGGACUCGUCCAGCUCAGGGGGGUCACAGCAGCGCCGGGGCCCUCAGGGCGAGCGUCUGGAGGCGGAGGGCAGCGAGGGCGACGUGAGCUCCGUCAUGAAGAAGUACCUGAAGAGGGCGGAGGUCGACUGAGAUGUCCGGCGACUUCAAGCGCGCCCGACAACAAACAAAAUUAUACCAGCAAACCAGCACUCAAGACCAGGCCUAACUCCACAGCACAGCAUCACCAGUUUGGGGUCUUGGUGAGGGAAAAGAAAAACAACAAGUUUGGGGUCGCCCUAGCAACAGAGCAGGGUGCAGCGUGCGUACGCAAGUGUGGAGGCCAACGUUUCUAUGAAGCACUUUUGAGACAAUACCCACUGUGAUGCUGUCGCUAAGUGAAUAAACUAGCCGAGUUGAAUCAUGUUGUCGCACUACAUCAUGUAGCACCUCUGCCUUAAACUGCCUCUAGGGCCUCACGAAGGCCGUAGCUGCUGUGCGUUAGGUAGCGAGUCUGAACCUGCUUGACCUGUGAGGGGAGGCACUGCGGAGGCAACAGCCAGGAGUAAAAAGCACAAAGAAAAACACACCUGAGAUUGAAACACUUUGUACACAA